AUGACACACUCAACACCGGUGGUGCCCGUUAGCCCACCAGAUUGGAUGUAUCCCUACCACUUUGUAAAGGCUACACCAGCAGCACCCGCAGAUCCAUAUGCAUUCGACAUCGCAAAAUACCAAGAUGCGGCGCUCAACCACAUCAAAACCGCCGACGAACGAAGGAAACAACGAACGGCCGAGCGCCGCAGCGAGCUACGCACAUACGCUCGCAAAACUCUCUGGGAACCGAAACGGAAGAUGAUCACUGAGACUGUCGCCUCGCGCUGGACCAAUGAUCCGACCCUGGUAACCGGCCGCCGUCUUGCGGCUCGGACUCACGCGCAAGCCCGAAAGCCCGACAUGGAGUCUGCCUGGACCAAGGACUACGUUGUGCGUCCGCUGGGCCAGCCUACCAUGGGCCCCAUUGACACGAGGUUCGUCGGCAAGAUCAACUGGUUCCCCGGCGAACCUCCUCAGACUGUUCGUCAAGCAAAACCGAUGGCCUACGACUGCCGCGGCAACGCUGCUGGCCGACAGCACCAAAUUGUUAUCCCGCUGCCCGUCUCAGAGACGGGCGAGUCAAUCCUUUAUGCCGGUUUUGCGCCUCGCAUGAACAGAUACGGCACUCAGCCCAGUUACCGACAGUUCAGCUACAUCUGGAAAGGCACAGCACCACCACGAAGGACCAUAACUAGAGUACAGCCACUCUCGAGCCAGCGAGAUCCAGCUGCAGCACAACAGGAACCCGAGACCCCAAAGUCGAAGAUAUUCGACAGGACAGCAAUCGAUGUGCCGCAUCAUGGCGGCACGUGGACUUUCGAUGGUCAACGAUUUGCCAGCUACGAAGCGGCAUCUGAGGCUAUGAAGCAGAAGCUAGCUAUAGCUAAAGACUUCCAGGAACGGCAUGCUCGAUUGAACAAGAUCUUCACGCACUCUCUCCGCGCCGCGAACGAGAACCUCCGCGAAGACAUCCGCAUUGCUUGCGAGAGAAUCAGCCGCAAGACACAUAUGCGCGUUUUCGUUGACUUUCGAGUACUAAGUCCCAUAACAAGCUCAAAGAAGAUCUUCGAGGGCAAGGCACCCGAGAAGAAGCGCCAUGAGUUUGUCCGCUCUCUUCAGGACGUGGACUACGCGCUCUACCGAGCUGCCAUCGACAAAGCUGCACGCCCGAAUGUGGUCACCUUCGACGAGACCGACAUGUACAUCGACGCUGAGAACGGUCACCCGAUCUACCUCUACGCUCUCAAUGGAGACCGCUUCGACCUAGCGACCAUCACCGUCGGCGCUUUCAACGGUGAAAGCACCGAAGCAUGUGGGCAUCUCUGCGUGCAGCUCAACCUGGACCAGCUGAACUGGUUCAGGCAGCAUCUGACCACGUUAGGUAAGGAGGGUGGUGGGAGUGUAGAGAAGGGCAGAUGGAGUUCCCUACUCACCGAGAUCAGUCUGAGGGAGAAGGGUAAGGAUGGUUGGUUCAAUGGUAAGUUGGGCAGUCAUCGGACGAGUGGACACGGUAAGCAUGGUGACCGUGGCAAUGGGAAUGGUAAGGGCCGUCAUGAUAAGAACGGCAAUGACAGUGACAGGGGGAAGAAGCACGGCGGCAAGCAUCAGAACGGGAAAGGUAAGUUCCAGAAAGAUGGCGGGAAGCCCAGUGGCAAUGGCAACGGCAAUGGCCAUAACAACAGUGGUCAUAAGAACGGCCACCAUCACUCAGGUAAGCAGAGCAACGGUGGUGGCCCGAAGCACGCAGGUGCUGGCUUCAAGCAAAACGGUGGCGGUCGUGGGCACAAUCGUGGCGCCCGCGGUGGCGGUAGCAGAGGCCGAGGUAAGUGA